AUGGCAACCCUCCGCCUCGCGGCGUGGAGCGCGUCCCUCCAACUCACCGACCUGCCCGCGCCCGUCGUCCAGGCCGCCGUGCGCAGCUUCUACAACUGGACGGGCUGCGCGCUGGGCGGGUCGAACCACCGAACCACGACGACGGCACUGGACGCGCUGGCCUCGUUCUUCGGCAAACCCACCUCGAGCAUCCUAGGCCACCAGUCAUCAUCAUCGUCAGGGGACAAUGGCAACGAUAAGGCCGACGCAUCGCACGCCGCCCUGAUCAACGGCAUCGCCUCGCACGUCCACGACUACGACGACACGCACCUCGAGACCAUCAUCCACCCGACGGGGCCCGUGGCGAGCGCGUUGCUGGCCCAGGCCGAGGCCCUCGGGAAGCCCGUCGGCGGCGACGAGUUCAUCGUCGCCCUCGUCGCGGGCAUCGAGGCAGAGUGUAAAGUCGGGUUGGCCGUGUGGCCUAAGCAUUAUGAUAUUGGUUGGCACAUCACCUCGACAACCGGCUCCAUCGGCGCCGCCGUGGCCGUGGGCAAACUGCUCAAUCUCACCACGGAACAAAUGGCGCACGCGAUCGGCAUCGCCGCCACGCAGGUCACGGGCCUGCGCGAGAUGUUCGGGUCCGACACCAAGUCGUUCCACGUCGGGCGGGCGGCGCAGAACGGGCUCAUGGCCGCGGUGCUCGCUUCGAAGGGUUACACGUCGUCGACGCAGGCGCUGGAGGCCAAGCGCGGGUGGGUGAAUGUGGUGAGCGAAACGCAGCGGCUGGACGACGCCAUGGCCACGCUCGGCACCGUGUGGGAGACGGAGAAGAACUCGUUCAAGCCAUUUCCCUGCGGCAUCGUCGUGCAUCCGAUCAUCGACGCCUGCAUCCAACUGCACCGCGACAUGCAGCAGCGUGGGCUUGCGGCCUCGCAGAUCGCCCGCGUCAGCUGCACCGUGCACCCGCUCGUGCUGGAGCUGACGGGCAAGAAAACCCCCCAGGACGGCCUACAGGCCAAGUUCUCCGUCUACCACGGCGGCGCGGUUGGGCUGGUGCUGGGGAAGGCCGGGCCCGCGCAGUACGAGGACGCGGUGGUCACGAGCGACGAGAUCGUCAGUGUCAGGGACAGGAUAGUCGCCACCGCAGAUGCGGCGCUCGGCGCUGACGAAGCCGUGAUUGUCGUCGAGUUUGAUGCCGAUGGCUCCGGCGCGCCCACGACUCUCACGAAACACGUCAAACACGCCAUCGGCAGCCUCGAGGUGCCCAUGACGGACGCGCAAUUGCACGACAAGUUCAUCGACCAGGUCACUCCUGUGCUGGGAGCCCAGGGGGUCAAGAAGGCCAGCGACGCCGUGUUGGCGCUCCGGAGCGUCAGCGAUAUCUCUGCGCUGGCGGGGGGGUUGUAA